AUGAGCAAGCUUUUUAUUAUAGAUGGCGUCCUUGAAGUUUUCCAACGAGGCAAGUUCAUUAGAGUUAUCAGACGUGGCGAGUUGUUCGGAGAGCUUUCUAUAUUGCACCAUUGUCACCGUACUGCUACGAUUAAAGCAUUUCGCAGCUGUCGUAUGUGGGCUAUUGAAAGGACAGCAUUUCGUUCCGUCAUGGUUGACACAGCAAGAGAAAAACGGAAAAGUGUCAUAGAAUAUCUAAAAGUGUGUAAGCGAUUCAGUGGGCUUGAAGACCAAACCCUUCUCCGGAUUUGCGAUGUAUGUGUACAGAUUGAUGUGUUCUUUGGAGAAUCUAUUCCAGUGCAUCGAAAUUUUCUGUAUGUUGUUGUCCAUGGGCAGGUUAGCAUUUCUCCUAUUAUAUAA